UAUCCAUUUUUGCACACAUUACUAUCGGAAAGCCCUCAAGCUUGAAAGAAUGUCAACAAUUUGAUGAUUUCGAGUUUCUUGCGAUCUACAAAAGCCAUGGAUAAUUUGGAAACGUAAAAUAUCACCCCAGUGAAGGAUUUACAAGCUGGUAUCCGUGUGAGCUUAAAUAAGACCUCAUACUUACACCGACAGUGAGGAUACUCCCGCUUACUCCGGAAACCGCUUCCAAGUUUCCAAGGAGGUCAAGCUUUGGUGUUAUUUAUUUCGGAAACUUUAUUUACCUCAACAAGCAAUCAUGGAUGAUAUUUUCACGCAAGUGCGAGAAGGCAAUGCCUUCCAUGUACGAGUAUGGCUGGAUAACACCGAGAACGAUCUGAACCAAGGAGAUGACCAUCGGUUCAGUUUGUUGCACUGGGCAGCACGAGAGGGACGUACCAACAUAGUCGACAUGCUGAUACAGCGAGGUGCCAGGAUCAACGCCACCAACAUGGGCGACGACACAGCGCUGCAUCUGGCAGCUGGACACGGACACCGGGAUGUCGUCGUUAUGCUCCUCCACAACAAAGCCAACAUCAACGCCAUCAAUGAACAUGGCAACACACCACUGCAUUAUGCCUGCUUCUGGGGAUUUGACCAGAUUGCUGAGGAUCUUGUCAACAAUGGAGCUCUGGUCAGCAUUGCCAACAAAUAUGAUGAAGUCCCACUCGAUAAAGCAAAGCCAUUUCUGACAAAGAUGCUGAAAGAUCGAGCCCUGGCACUGGGCCAGGAUCUGAGUAAAAUCCCCUUCAAGGACAGGAGCUGGCUGGGCUACAAGACAAGAAGUCGUGAUGCCCUCCUGUCCCGCCACCCGGGUAUUGACAUUGCCCAGUUACAGCUGGUCGGCCAUGUUGCCUCCACUCACUCAGGGGAGACAUGGCGCGGUAGAUGGCAAGAUAACGACAUUGUUGCCAAGAUCCUCAACAUUGUAGAGUGUACUCUCAGAAACUCACGGGACUUCCAGGAAGAAUUCCCUCGCCUAAGAAUCUUCAACAACCCGAAUGUGCUGCCGGUGCUGGCGUGUUGCAACCAGCCCCCCAACCUGGUGGUGAUCAGCCAGUUCAUGCCCUUCGGGUCUCUCUUCAACACACUACACGGGGAGUCAGGAAUUGUGGUGGACCAGAACCAGGCCUUGAGGUUUGCAAUCGACAUCGCUCGGGGGAUGGAGUUUCUGCAUUCGAUGGAGCCGAUGAUCCCCAACUUCCUGCUGACCAGCAAACACGUCAUGAUCGACGAGGACUUGGCUAAAAUUAAUGUUGAUGAUCCCAAAUAUGCCAGCGAAAUAAACGGGAUUGACGAGGACCUGACGGCCCGGAUCAACAUGGCGGACUAUCGGUUCACCUUCCACGAGCGAGGCAAGGAGUACAACCCGGCCUGGAUGGCCCCUGAAGCUAUGCUGAAGAAGCCUUCAGAAAUUAACAUGAAAGGAGCGGACAUGUGGAGCUUUGCCAUCUUGUUGUGGGAGUUGGAGACUCGGGAGGUGCCGUUUGCGGAUCUCACACCUAUGGAGAUUGGCAUGAAGGUAGCCCUAGAAGGUCUGCGCAUCAAGAUCCCUCCAGGAAUCUCCAGCCACAUGUCUCGCCUCAUCAAGAUAUGCAUGAACGAGGAGGCGGGCAAACGGCCGCGCUACGACAUGGUCAUCCCUAUCCUAGAGAAGAUGAAGCUGAGCAGUUAGGUCAGCGUCCACCCCAGAUAGAAAGCAGGGUCAAUCAUUGAAGGCACUCUGCGUCUAAAAACUUUAAAUCCACCACUGAAGGAAGUCCAGAAACUCUACGCUUGUCCAUAAUAUUCUCUGGCAAGACAAGGGUGGUUGUGGUCUUCAGAUGGCUCAUGUGAUCCUCUAGUUACUGGCAAGCAAUAUCUUUCAUCAAAUUGUUGUCAAAGCUCUACGUCCGGCUAUCCAUUGGGUACAAAUAUCCUUCUUCUAGUAGCCGCCAUGAUCCUCUUAUAGCUACCAUGGCCCUGAAACAUCUGGCUAACAUGGCUACUGUCAUUUACUGUGAUGGCAAAUUGGCUGGCACCUGCUAGCCUGAGCUAGCCUGAGCUAGCCUGAGUCUGUUUAAUGGUAUUUUGAGGAUUAGCAAAAUUUCAGGCUUGUUUAGGUGUGUCAUAUUGUCACUAAUCAGGCUAGUAAAUGUUUCUAUGUCAGUUUCCGUCCCUGAAAGAAGUAACUGACUACCUGACUCACCUUUAGGUUUUACAAUGACAUCCUCUUUUGUCAGGGAGAUUUCCAUCACUGUGUUCCAUUUAACACCCUCAGGGUCACAUGGCUUCUUGUCAUGGCAUUCUGGGAUGUCUCACAAACUGUUCAUUAUUUCUUCAAUACUUAUUUAAACAUUUAUCUUGGGUUGCAGCUUUAAUUAGUUCUGAGCAAUAAAAGUAAGAUUGGUACUAAUUUCUUAAAAUGGGCAUUAAAGCGUCUCAGCAAGUGCAUGGGACACGGUUCAUAUUUAACUUUGGGCUGUCAGUCAGACAAGUGAUGUGUACCAUGGUGUGCCUAUUGUUUGAUAGUGCUGUACAAAUGAUAAUAAUAUUGUUUGUAUUUGUCUUAUUCCUACUUUCCACAAUGUAGCUUUGUUGACAAUACAAACAGAAUUUAUCAAAUAGAUGUUCAAUGAAGAGGAAAAUAGAAAUGGCAUUUCCAUGUUCUUGUCUAGGAAAUGUUGACAAUGUUUGUGUACAUAUGGUUAAUUCAACCGUUAGAUGCAGCAACAAUAUAGUACACUAUGUACAUCUGUAUAUUGUUUGACAGAUUCUGUGAUCAAACAGUUGUAGAAAAUAAUAUUGUUUGACGCUCUAUUGUUCCAUGAGCUGGGCUGACAGAUUAAGCAGCAAUAUGUUACCUGUUAACAUGAGAACUGUGUGUUUUGAAUGUCAAUAAAACCCAUCUCCUCAGAUCACUGCAAGUUUGAAUUGAGGAAAUUUAAGAAGAAAUGACAGUGUAUACAAACCGUUGCCAUCUGUCCAAAGAUGUUGUAGCCCAGUAGAUAGGGUGUUUGCUUGACGGACACAAAGUCUGGGUUCAGUCCUCGAGUAAAUAAAAUGUGUAAAGUCUACAACUUUUAUUACACUACAAUGUUAACCUCUCUCACUUAAAAUCCUUUGUCUGAUAUGUAAUUUAUCAAUGAUCUCUCUCCGACACAAAUAUUCAUAUAAAAGUCCAUCCAAAUUUUUAUUUUGUCAACUUCUGAUAUUUGUGUUGCAGGAUAUUUCUGAAUAAUCUCCCAAUGCAGUGAUCUUUGCCAUGUCAUCAUGUCCGAUUCUUGGUGCUAUUUAUUCUGGUUAUGCUUGACACAUCAUUAUAUUUCAUACCAUGGCCUGUCUGUCAUGAAACUAUUCAUCCAUAUUAUUUUGCUUUUCAUAGCUAGAUAUUAUUUAAGAUAUAUUCAGCUUUGAGUUAUGACCUGUUAACAUGCUAGUGAAUUGUAUUCUAUGUUAUUUAUUCAACUGUUUAGUUUGUUGUGUUAUCAUUUCAUCUGAUGAUCGUACAAGACCGUUCCGUCAAACCAGGCAUUGUAGAUACAUACAAAUCCAGUAAUACCAAACAUAUAGUAUGGAGGCAUCAGCCCUCGCAGCUUAUUAUUCAAAACCUUGUAAACUCAUUUUAUCGUUGUAACAUCAGAGGGGAGGAGGGCCUAGUGGUUACAGCAUUUGCUGAAGUCUCGGGUGCGAUUCCCCACAUGGAUACAAUGUGUCAAGCCCAUUUCUGUGUUCCCUGCAGUGAUAUUGCUAUAUGAAGAGCUGUGUAAAACUCCAUUGUUCAUUUUUAAGAUUAUGGUUUUGACAGAAUCCCGACUCGUAUUUUGGGCUUGUAUCGGUUCCCCGCCUGUUUCAAACUACAGAAAACUUAUAUUUUCAUUGAUUUCCCAUGACUUUACAGGGUUCCAUUGCAGUCAAUUUGCCAAAAGUUUAAUCACAAUUAUAAUAUUGGCUGUCUUCCAUUGUAAUCAUUUCAUACAGCUUUGUUUUAUAUAUUCCUAAAUUUCCAAGUGAAAAAUGCAAUAAAUAAAGUUAAGAAAUCUUAAUUCUCAGCAUAACUUUCCCUCACGAAAUUGUUUAUCACCAAAAUGAACAUUCUGACAUACUAUAUUCAGGAUUGUUAAUGAAAAGAUUUGAGCAAGUACUUUGGCGAGGGUUGUUCCACAGAUAGUGCCAUUACUUCAUGGACUUGCAGCUGUAUCACUGCCAGCGGCUGUGUAUUGUGUACUGUGUAUGUGUAAACAUAAUAAACACGUUCAACUAUA